GUUGCGGUAUGGUUAGCAAUGUAUCAAAGGAGGCGUUUUUCGUAUAUGCAAUGGGAUCUCUAAUCUUGAUUUUGGUAUUGGCUGCGAUAAUUCUUCUCAUUUUGCUUAUAAUGAAACAAAUAUGCUGCCACAAACCACCAAUAGUACUGGUCCCUAUCAUCGAUUACGUAAUGGAACAGAUCAUUUCAGAACCGACGAACUUUCGACUAAGCAAUGGUAAUCAAAGUCAUGAAGACGGUGGCAAACAAUGUCACCUAUGUCUGCCUGGAAGAAGAAUAUGUAAUCCGCGAAAGCAACAGUUUGAUAAUGAGACUGUGGGCUUAUCUGGUACUUGCGUUUCCAUUCAUCAUGAUCGCCUUGGCUGCCUACUUAUGUUGCUUUCUUCGUGGCGUACUGAGAAAGCUUAG